UAUGAACUUUUCAACACCACAGUCUGCUGGCUCCCAAGGCAGUCCCUCUUCCGGCAGUGUGUUUGUGUCCCCUGGCACCAGGCGACAGCCGCUCAGUGCUUCUGGCACCCCUGUGCUGCAGAACUGCCCGCAAAAUGACGAUGAACGGGAGAGGAAGCAGCGGAGACGCUCCAGAGUGUAUGAUCUACAGUUUAGCACUGAGUCGCCUUUGUCCAUACAGUCUCCUGCCUGCAAGCAAGCAGAGACAUCGCUUCCAGCAAUCCCACAAUUGUCCAAUGCUCAGAUUGCAGAUCAUUACUCCACGUGCAUCAAGCUUUCAACCGAAAACAAAAUCACAACAAAGAAUGUAUUUGGCUUACACCUCAUUGACUAUAUGACUGAAAUACUCAAGCAGAAAGAUUCCGAGCUCACCAACUUCAAGGUAGCAGCUGGUACCCUUGACGCCAGUGCAAAGAUCUAUGCCGUGAGAGUGGACGCUGUCCAUGCAGAUGUUUAUCGCGUCCUUGGAGGGCUGGGCAGAGAUGCUGCACCUGCAGAGACUGAGAAUAGCCAGGAUACAGGUGGCGAGAAGGAAGAUUUGGACCAUUCUAAGAAGCGUUCGAUUAAGAGGAAGCAUCUGUACAAAACCAUUGAGAAAAAUUUGAAUAACAUCAAUGUCUCCGAGACAGAGCGCAAAUCAUUCUUAGUAGAGGAUGUUUCCAACAGUUCUGGUUUUCUAAAACAGGCAGCUACGGUCCUGUCCAAGUCAACCCUCCAAAGCCAAAACAAGAAAAGCAACACCCUCCCAAAGGACUUCCACUAUGAUCCAGACAAUCUCACUCGGCUGUUCCUCAAACCUCAAAUCAGGCUCUCAAACAUGCCACUUCAGGGCCGCUCACCCAGUCAUAACGACGACGAUGAAGUUGGAGAAUACGAUUACAACAAUCCCAAUGAUACCUCCAAUUUCUGUCCCGUGGCGCAAGACGCCGACAGCGAUGAUGAUGACGACAAUGGGCCUGUGAACUUCAUAGGUCAGGGAGGGAUGUUUGAAAUGACAGCCUACCCUACGGGUGGAGAUGACCACGAUGGAGAACUUGGUGAUGGAAAGGCCAGAGGAUUCAACAUCUCCACCUAUGGUGAAGCCAACAUGGUAGCUGAGCCUCAAAAGGUGAACAAAAUAGACAUUCAAUAUGCAAAAACUGCCAAAAAGAUGGACAUGAAGAGGCUCAAGCACAGCAUGUGGCAGCUCUUGACAGAGGUCCCAAAGAAUCAGGCCGAGGAAGAGGUACACGUAAGGAAAUCUGGGGUUGUUUGUUUGUUUGUUUGUUUGUUUUUGUCCUUAUUUUCUCCUUUGGUAUCUUAG